AUGCUCAUCGCACAACCUUCUACUCCACACCCCAAAAUCCUCUUCUCUUCCUUCGUCAACCCCACCCCACUCCGUUUCAGUACCACCCACCGAACCUCCCUGGCCAAAAAACGCCAUAACCAUCGAUACCGAUGCAAAAUCUCCACCGUCCGUUGCUCUUCGUCAGACCAACCUUUCAACUCCACCAAGCCCAUUGCCGCCGAUGUCUUUGGAGGCAAGAAAGAACUCUCUGGUAUCCAGUCCCUCGUUGAUACCAUGUCACCGCCUAUCAGAUUAGCUAGUUCAGCUUUAAUCUUUGCCGGCGCCGUUGCGGCUGGAUAUGGACUAGGGUUUAGGUUUGGUGGGUCCCGGAAUGCGGGAUUGGGCGGGGCUGUCGCACUGGGUGCUGCCGGGGCUGGUGCUGCUUAUGCCUUGAAUUCUUGUGUUCCGGAGGUUGCUGCAGUGAAUUUGCACAAUUAUGUAGUGGGUUGUGAUGAUCCGGGGGCAUUACAGAAGGAAGAUAUAGAGGCUAUUGCGAAUAAAUACGGUGUUAGCAAACAGGAUGAGGCAUUCAAUGCGGAGCUUUGUGAUAUAUAUUGCCGGUAUGUUUCUGCUAUUCUUCCUCCUGGGAGUGAAGAUCUUAAAGGUGAUGAAGUGGAAACUAUUAUCAAAUUCAAGAAUGGAUUGGGCAUUGAUGACCCAGAUGCAGCUGCAAUGCAUAUGGAGAUUGGUAGGCGACUUUUCAGGCAGAGACUUGAAACUGGUGACCGUGACGGGGAUGUAGAGCAGCGCCGGGCAUUUCAGAAGCUCAUAUAUGUUUCAACUCUCGUCUUUGGAGAUGCAUCAACUUUCCUUUUACCCUGGAAGCGUGUGUUCAAGGUUACUGAUUCCCAGGUUGAAGUUGCCAUUCGUGACAAUGCACAGCGGUUGUAUGCCUUCAAGCUAAAAUCAGUGGGAAGAGAUGUUGAUAUUGACCAGCUGGUUGGCCUGAGACAAGCACAAGUUUUAUAUCGACUUUCUGAUGAGCUUGCUGAGGGCAUGUUUAGGGAGCAUACAAGAAGGCUUGUUGAGGAAAACAUAUCAACAGCUCUUUAUGUGUUGAAGUCCAGGACAAGGGCAGCCAAGGAAGCCACGCAUGUCGUUGUAGAGCUUGAUAAGAUACUGGCAUUCAAUAAUUUGCUAAUCUCACUUGGGAAUCAUCCUGAUGCCAGUCGUUUUGCUCGUGGGGUUGGGCCAGUUUCCUUAUUUGGUGGUGAGUAUGAUACUGACCGAAAGAUCGACGAUUUGAAGCUUUUAUAUAGAGUAUAUGUUACGAACUCACUCUCAAGUGGCCGAAUGGAAGACAACAAGCUUGCUGCAUUGAACCAGUUGAGGAAUAUAUUUGGUUUAGGUAAACGUGAGGCAGAGUCUAUCACAGGGGAAGUGACCGCAAAAGUAUAUCGUAAACGACUUGCUCAGGCUGUAUCUAGUGGUGAUCUAGAAGCUGCUAAUAGCAAAGCAACUUUUCUUCAAGACAUGUGUGAGGAGUUGCACUUCGAUCCGGAAAGGGCCAUUAUGAUCCAUGAAGGUAAGAUAUUGUCAUAUUUCUGUUGUGCAUCGGUAGUGCUACUGUGUUGUCAAUGCAUGGGCUAG